AGCGGAGCUACACUUUCCAUCCCGCGCGCUUCUCUCUCCGCCUCCGGCUCGCAACGUUGCCGCGAUGGUGGUGGCCUUGCCGCCGUUGCUGCUGCCGCGCUUUACGGCCGCGGGAUGAGGGGCGGGGAAGAUGUCUGAGCGGCGAAGAGGAGGAGGCGGAGGAAGAGGAGAGGCUAUAGCCGCAGCAGGAGCUGCCGCCUCGGGGGCGGCGGGAGCGGAGAUGCCGGCGAAGAAGCAGAAGCUGAGCAGCGACGAGAACAGCAACCCUGGGGACUUGUCCGGGGACGAGAAUGAUGAUGCUGUUAGUAUAGAGAGCGGUACUAAUACUGAACGUCCUGACACCCCUACAAACACCCCCAACGCUCCAGGACGAAAAAGUUGGGGGAAAGGAAAGUGGAAGUCGAAGAAAUGCAAAUACUCCUUCAAGUGUGUAAACAGCCUCAAGUUGCUUUCCAAGGUGGUGCUGGCUGGCUGGCUCGCCUUUCUGGCUCCGCAACAGGCUGCAGUUCUCCACGUGCAGGUGCAGCAAAGAAGGGCUUGGCUAAAGCAGGAAGAUCACGGUCUGCCACUGUUUGGGGUUCAAUUUAAUUGGCAUAGCAAGGAAGGGGAUCCCCUGGUGUUUGCCACUGUUGGCAGCAACAGAGUUACUUUAUACGAAUGCCAUUCGCAAGGAGAAAUACGGUUGCUACAGUCUUACGUGGAUGCUGAUGCAGAUGAAAACUUUUAUACUUGUGCGUGGACCUAUGAUAGCAAUACGAGCCACCCCCUCCUGGCUGUGGCUGGAUCAAGGGGCAUUAUUAGGAUAAUUAACCCCAUUACCAUGCAGUGCAUAAAGCAUUACGUGGGCCAUGGCAAUGCAAUCAACGAACUGAAAUUUCAUCCCAGGGAUCCAAAUCUUCUCUUGUCUGUAAGCAAAGAUCAUGCACUCAGACUGUGGAACAUUCAAACAGACACUUUGGUUGCAAUAUUUGGAGGAGUAGAAGGGCACAGGGAUGAAGUUUUAAGUGCAGAUUAUGACCUCCUUGGUGAGAAGAUUAUGUCUUGUGGCAUGGACCACUCCUUGAAACUCUGGCGAAUCAAUUCAAAAAGAAUGAUCAAUGCCAUCAAGGAGUCCUACGAGUACAAUCCCAAUAAAACCAACAGGCCGUUCGUUUCUCAAAAAAUUCACUUUCCUGACUUCUCCACGAGAGACAUACAUAGAAAUUAUGUAGACUGUGUGCGAUGGCUAGGAGAUCUGAUACUUUCCAAGUCCUGCGAAAAUGCCAUUGUAUGCUGGAAACCAGGGAAAAUGGAAGACGAUAUUGAUAAAAUUAAGCCCAGCGAGUCUAAUGUUACUAUUUUAGGGCGAUUUGACUACAGUCAGUGCGAUAUAUGGUAUAUGAGGUUUUCUAUGGAUUUCUGGCAAAAGAUGCUGGCAUUGGGCAAUCAAGUUGGCAAACUCUAUGUCUGGGACUUAGAAAUAGAAGACCCUCAUAAGGCUAAGUGUACAACUCUUACUCAUCCAAAGUGUGCUGCAGCCAUUCGACAAACCAGCUUUAGCAGAGACAGUAGUAUCCUGAUAGCUGUGUGUGAUGAUGCCAGUAUCUGGCGCUGGGAUAGGCUCCGAUAAGUUACUUCUAACUUGAGAAUUACAAAAUUAUGUAUUGCUUUUUGUGUCAUGAUAAUUAGCUGACUUGCUAGUACUGUAACUGCUUUCAGAGUAGCCUUUCCCCACCAUGUGAUCAGUUCAAUUUAGCAAUGUUUACAUUUGGUCUUGGUAGUAUUGUCCUGUUCAGAAUAUGCUGCUUUUUAAUAAAAAUAUUUUUGUA